CUCUCUAAGCAAGAUGGCGACUUUAUCCCUGAAGAUAUCGUUGGAAGGCGGGACGGUGGUGAAGACGAUACAGUUUGAUCCCUCCACCACGGUGUACGACGCCUGCCGCAUCAUACGCGAGAAGAUUCUAGAAGCCAACGCCAAUGAACCGAAAGAGUACGGCCUGUUCCUGGCGUCUGAGGAGGACAACAAGAAGGGUAUAUGGCUGGAGGCAUCUCGCAGCCUUGAUUACUACAUGCUGAGGAAUGGAGACCUGUUGGAGUACAACAAGAAGACGAGGAACCUCCGUGUCAGGAUGUUGGAUGGAACGGUGAAAACGCUGUUGGUGGACGACAGCCAGAUCGUGGCCAAUCUGAUGGUGGUCAUAUGCACCAAGAUCGGCAUCACCAACUACGACGAGUAUGGACUGGUACGAGAGGAACAGAAAGAUGAGCCCGACCCAUGCGAGCGUCCCAACUAUGGCACGCUCACGCUGAAGCGUAAACACCACGAGAAAGAGCGAGACGCCAAGAUGGAGCAGCUGAGGAAGAAAUUGCGGACCGACGAUGAAGUGAACUGGGUGGAACCAGCCAAGACUCUCCGUGAGCAGGGCAUCGACGUAACGGAGACGCUGUUGCUGCGCCGGAAGCUGUUCUUCUCGGACCGGAAUGUGGACUCUCGGGACCCGGUGCAGCUGAAUCUGCUGUACGUGCAGGCGAGGGAUGCCAUCUUGGAUGGGACUCAUCCUGUCACACAGGACAAAGCUUGCGAAUUCGCCGGCAUACAGUGUCAGAUACAAUUCGGUGAUCACAAGGAAGACAAACACACGCCUGGAUUUUUAGACCUGAAGGAGUUCUUGCCAGCAUCAUACGUGAAGGUGAAGGGUAUUGAGAAGAAGGUGUUCAAGGAGCACAGGAAGCACCUCGGGCUCAGCGAGCUGGACGCCAAAGUGCUGUACACCAAGAGUGCUAGAGACCUGAAGACUUACGGUGUAGCUUUCUUCUUGGUCAAGGAAAAAAUGAAAGGCAAGAACAAGUUGGUGCCUCGAUUGCUGGGCGUGACCAAGGAUUCUGUGUUACGUCUGGACGAGAAGACGAAGGAGAUCUUGCAGACCUGGCCGCUGACAACCGUCCGCCGCUGGUGCGCCAGCCCCAACACUUUCACCCUGGAUUUCGGGGACUACAGCGAUCAGUACUACUCGGUGCAGACUACUGAAGCGGAGCAGAUCCUGCAGGUGAUCGCGGGGUACAUAGACAUCAUCGUGAGGAAACAGCGCGCCAAGGACCACCUGGGUAUCGAGGGUGAUGAGGGAUCCGCCAUGUUGGAGGACUCUGUCUCACCGUCCAAGGCGAACAUAAUACAACACGACACGUUCAAGUCUGGUAAAGUGAAUACGGAAUCAGUGGCGAAACCAGCGGUGCACCGGCCCGGAGCUGAAGGCGCUAAGCCGUUCGCGGUCGGACACCUGACGGGCGCUCAGCACACGACGGUGUCCGGACAGAUCAUCACCGGACACACGCCUCCCAAUGCCUCUCAAGUGCAGCAGACGAAGGUGACGUCUGUCCUGACGGAGCCACAGAGGGCGCUGCUGUCCACCAUCACCGCCGGACGGGAGAUCAUCAAGACCACUGAAGAGGGACUCGACAGGGCGUCUGUGCCGCAGCUGGGUCAUGACGCAGCAUCAGUGAAGUGGAAGCAAGUAACCAUGGAUACCAGCAAGCAGGUGGUGACGUCACAGAUCGCAGCCAUGAACGCCGCCACAGCACAGGUCGUCACCCUCACCUCAGGACCAACAGAGGAAGUGGACCACACAGCUGUGGGCGCUGCCAUCACGACCAUAACCAGCAACCUGCCGGAGAUGACCAAGGGUGUGCAGAUGAUCGCAGCUCUAAUGGACGACACCGAUAACGGUGAUAAACUCCUGGACGCCACCAGGAAGCUGUGCAGUGCGUUCACUGAUCUACUGAAGGCAGCUGAACCAGAGACUAAAGAACCCCGCCAGAACCUCCUCAACGCCGCAUCACGCGUCGGAGAAGCCUCCACCACUGUACUGUACACCAUCGGAGAAGAAACCGAAGAGGACAAAGAAACACAGGACAUCCUGCUGUCACUCGCGAAGGCUGUCGCUAACACCACGGCCGCACUCGUGAUCAAGGCGAAGAAUGUGGCCGCCCAGUGUCGUGAUGACCAGCAGCUGCAGAACCAGAUCAUAGCUGCAGCAACGCACUGCGCGCUGGCUACCAGUCAACUGGUCGCAUGUGCCAAGGUGGUAGCCCCAACUCUUCACAACCCGGCGUGCCGGGAGCAGCUGCUGAGCGCGGCUCGUCAGGUGGCGCAGGCCGUGGACCGGCUGGUGGAGGCGGCGCGGCCGGCACAGGAACAGCCCCUGGUGGAGCAGCUGGUGGCGGCGGCUCACAGGGUCACCGAGGAGCUGGAGAGGCUGCUGGCGCACUGUCACCAAGAGCGGCGCGGCGCGGCGAGGCAGGGCAGCGAGCGCGUGGAGAGCGUGCUGACCGCGAGCGAGCGCGUGGUGGUGUCGGCCGACCCCACCGACAUGGUGCACCACGCCCGCCUCCUCGGACAGGCCACCGCCCACCUCAUCACCGACAUCAAGACGGAGGCAGAGAAACAGCCCUCAGAGUCGCAGCGCAAGCUGCUGGCGGCGGCCAAGCUGCUGGCCGACGCUACAGCUCGCAUGGUGGAGGCGGCCAGGCAGUGCGCCUCCGCACCACAGGACCGUGAGAAGCAGGAAGCGCUCCGCAAGGCGGCGGAGGAGUUGCGGUACAUCACCACUGACUACGCACAAGGGCAGGACAUCGUCGGGUCACAGGUCGCCAGACUGCAGGAGAGCGCUCGCCACGCAGCCUCCAGCGCGACGCAACUGAUCACGUCAGCUCACAACACCGCUCAGUUCAACACCAACAAGUAUUCGCAAGAAACCCUGACAACAGAGUGUAAGACGUUAGGAGAAUCGAUUCCAAGACUGGUGGAUGCUGCUCAGGCGGCAGCAGCCAGGCCGGGCCGCGCGGCAGAUCAGCUCGAUCUCAUCUCAGCAUCUGAGCAGUUCUUGCAGGUGAGCGGGCACGCAGUGUCGUCCGCGCGUGCGGCGCUGCCGACGGUGGCGGACUCCUCGGCGGCGCACCUCCUCGCGGACACCACCCACCGCUUCGGGGACGCCGCCGCAGACCUCCGAUCGGCGGUGAGCCGAGCACGCAUCUCGUGCAAGGGUCUGGAGUUGGAUGCUGCGGCGGAGAUCAUCAAAUCCCUGCAAGCGGAGCUGGAUGAAUUGGAAGAGGCUGCCAGAGCCUUGGAACUGCGACCGCUGCCCGGACAAACGCUGGAGUGGGCGUCGUCGAGCAUGACGUCUGGCGGGCGGGCGGCGGGCGCGGCGGCGGCGGCGCUGGUGUCGGGCGCGCGGCUGGCGGAGCCCGGGGCCUGCGCGCGCGGGGGCGGAGCCCUGGCCGCCGCGCUCAGGGAGUUCUCGUCCGGGCUGCGCGCGCACGUGGCGCUGCACGACCGCCCGCCGGACAGGGUGAUCUCAUCAGGCCGCCAAGUGCUACACUCGUCCCUGACGCUGGUGGAGACGGUCAAACACUACCUGAACACGUCGGAACAAGUCGACACAGCCUCCAUCGUGUCCAUAGCCAAGGAUCUAUCUCAAAGCUUGGAGCAGACGUUGGAAGCGGUGCCUUCUCACGCUGAACUGGACCUCGCCAUGGAGAACAUCAACGAGACCCUCAAUAUACUCAACAGCGGCGAGUUCCCGCCAUCCGAACGGCCUUAUGGUGAACUGCAAACGGAGCUGAACUCUGCAGCGGUGGGGCUGAGCUCGGCGUCGUCGGAGGUGGUGCAGGGGGUCGGCCGCAGCGACCAGCUCGCGGCCUCCUCCCAACGCUUCGGGGACGCCUUCAACAGGCUGCUCGCAGUCUCCAUGGAGAUGGCCGGACAGACCGAGGACCAGGAGUCGCAGACGGUGAUGGUGAGCUCCAUGAAGUCAGUGACGGUCAACUCGUCAAAGUUACUCGGCACCGCCAAAUUUGUCAGUCAGGACUUGACGCGUCCAAAUGCCAAGAACCAGCUAGCAAGCGCCGCGCGUGCAGUCACUGAGAGCAUCAACCGCCUUGUGGACGUGUGUACUCACGCCGCGCCGGGACAGAAGGAGUGCGCUGCAGCAGUCCGCAGCAUCCUCAGCACUCGUCCGCUGCUGAACGCGCCCACACAGCCACUGGCGGACCUCGGAUACUUCGCCUGCCUCGACGCGCUCGUCGACCAGAGCAAGGGGCUCAGUGAAGGCAUGUCGGGCAUGGCUUCAGCGGUCAAGAAAUCUGAUUACGAGCAGUUCGCCAAGUCGGUGACGGCCGUGGCCACCUCCGUCCAGGGUCUCGUCGAGUCUACCGCGCAGGCCGCAUACCUGGUGGCGGUGUCCGACGAGAGCAGCGUAGCCGGCAGGCCCGGCCUGGUGGACCAGGCAGGUUUUGCUCGUGCGGCUGCUGCCAUCGACCUGGCCUGCAGAGCCCUGGCGGACCCCGCCAGCGACCAGAACCAGGUGCUGUCGGCGGCGACGGUGAUAGCGAAGCACACGUCCGCGCUGUGUAACGCGUGCCGAGUGGCCUCAGGACGCAGCGGACAGGCCGCAGCCAAGAGACACUUCGUGCAGGCCGCCAAGGACGUGGCCAACUCCACCGCCGCGCUCGUCAAGGAGAUCAAGGCGCUCGACGCGGACUACAGCCAGGCGAACCGUGCACGGUGCGCGGCCGCCACCGGCCCACUGCAGGACGCGGUGCGCAGCCUCUGUCAGUUCGCGGACAGUCCCGAGUUCGCAUCCGUGCCGGCCAGGAUCUCUCCGCAGGCCAGGCAGAACCAGGAGCCCAUACUAGAGUGCGGCAGGAACAUAAUCUCCGGGUCGUGUGCGAUGCUGGAGGCGGCCCGAGCGCUGGCGCUGGCUCCUCAGGAGCGGCCGCAGUGGCAGCAGCUGGCCGCGCACAGCAAAACCGUCUCCGACAGCAUCAAGUCCCUCGUCGCCAACAUACGAGAGAAGGCGCCAGGACAGCGUGAGUGCAGCGUGGCGCUGGAGACGCUGGGCAGACUGCUGCGGGAGCUGGACCAGGCCGCCAUCCAGGCCGUCGGCCAGGAGCUGCAACCCAGGAAGGCCAACUCGCUGCAAGGAUACACAGAACAAGUGGAGAACAGUGCAACUGAGAUGCUGGAGCGACUGGAACCUCUCCAGGUGGCUGCCAAGAGCGAAGCGGAGAAUCUGGGACACGCCGUUGUGCAAUUGGUGUCGUACGCGGAGCCGGUGGUGGGCGCGAGCGCGGGGCUGGCGUCCAACAUCACGGAGUGGGAGGUGCAGCGCGCGCUGCUGCAGCACGCCCGCACCGUGCUCGAGACCCUCGCCUCCCUGGUCGCAGCCGCCAGGGCCGCCGCAGGGAACCCCAGGGCUACCGGAGCUCAUGAAGAGGUGGAAGCAUCCGUGACACUAGCACGAGCUGCCCUCACCGAGCUGGGCGGGGCAGCCCGUGAACUAAGCGCUGCACGCGGCGCUGUCCGCCCGCUGCUCGACUCUCUAGCUCGCUCCGUCGCCAAACUCACAGACCACAGGAUGUCUCUGGUCGGAAGUUACGAUGAGACUGAAUCGUUCGUGGACUACCAGACUCGGAUGGUGGCUGCUGCUAAGGAGAUCGCCAGGCUCGCUACAGACAUGACGGCCAAGUCAGCGACGGAGUCUCGUCAGCUGGUGGCGCUGGCCAACGAGGCCUGCCAGAAGUACGAGCGACUCGCGCACGACAGCCUCGGGGCCUCCGCCACCACGCCCAACGCAGACCUCGCCAACAGGAUCCGGUCGUCGGUGUCGGAGCUGGGCGAGGCCGUGUCGGGCCUGGUGCGAGCUGGCGGCCAGUGCCGGCUGUCGGCCGUGCCAGCUCACCAGCACGCCGUCGCAGACGCCGCCAAGCACGUCAACGAGAAGGUGGUGCAGGUGCUGAGCGCGCUGCAGGCUGGUGCGCGAGGCACCCAGGCCUGCAUCGACGCGGCCGCCACCAUCGCCGCCAUCCUCGGGGACCUGGACACCACCAUACUCUUCGCCAGCGCAGGCACGCUGCAUUCGGAAAAGGAGACAGAUACGUUCUCGGACCACCGCGAGAACAUCCUGAAGACGGCCAAAACCCUGGUGGAGGACACCAAGACGCUGGUGGGAGGCGCGGCCGGGACCCAGGACCAGCUCGCCAGCGCCGCCGCCAGCGCCGUCAACACCAUCGUGCAACUGUGCGAGGUGGUGAAGCUGGGCGCGAUGUCGCUGGGCGCGGGCAGCCCGGAGCCGCAGGUGCUGCUGCUGCAUGCCGCGCGGGACGUGGCCGCAGCCCUGCGGGACCUCGUGGCCGCCACCACCGCCGCCGCCGGCAAGCACGUCGCGCACCCCGACAUGCAGCGACUCAAGCACGCCGCCAAGCGACUGACCGACGCCACCAAACGCUGGAGCCUCCCCACCAAAACCAUCCCUCGUCAGCCCAAACGGCGCUCUGUCAACAUCCGAACAGAUUAUAACUCGUGCGACUCCGAGACCGACAUCUUCCAAUCGGAUCAAGAAGAAGAACUAAUCAAGCUUCUAGAUUAUUCUAGUCAGGAUGACGAUGUCUCUCCAUCUAUAUUCUAUGAUAACUGUGAAGAGGUCGUUACGUAUAUUGAGAGUUUAAUGAAAGAAGCACCUCAAAUAACUGUUAAAGAUGAUAAUUUAAACGAACGUUAUAAUUUAGCAGCUAAAAAUAGUCUAGUCGAUAUGGACUGGAGAGUACUCAAAUAUGGUGAGAAUAUAUUAUUAGGUGAAGUUAAAAAGCUCGUCGAUCUGUUUGUUGAAAUAUGUGAUCGUUUAGAUAACAAAAGAAAAAGGGAUCAGAUAAGUAGAUUGAAAGCUAAUUCUGAUCUUGAUAAUCAGAUGAAGCGACUCUCACAAGUUAUAGAAGAUUUAGAUUCUGAAGUGGAAAUAGAUGAAACUGUUGUUAAAAAUAUAACAACAAUAAAGACUGUAGAAACGACUACACCAGUUAAAAAGCCAAAAUUAGAAGAUAAAAAACCAAAGUUAAAAUAUCCACCAGUGUUUAAAAUUAAAAGAGUUAGACCUGUUAAUUUGAUUAUUAAUUUAGAUGCCAAGAAAGAGAUAGCUUCAGUUGAACCAGACAAAGAGAUAUUAAGUCCCGAACAGAGACAAAAGGACGAGUCCACAGAGAUUGUGAUAAAACCAGACACUGUAACUAAAGAAGUAAAAACGGAAUUUUGGACGCUCUUCAAAGACGACACAGAAUGGUGGAAAGCGCUCGCUAAAAGAAAUUUGGAUAAAAUGGAAGAAACUAGACGAGAGCUGGAAAGAUUCAGCGGCCACGAAUUAGUUAUUGGUGAUUACCAAACAGAGAUAGAUAGAUAUGAAAAAGAGAAGAACACAUUACAGAGAUUUAUCGAUGACGUCGACAGAUCGAAAGCUGUAAAUCGAGAUUUAGAAUACGACAAACGUUAUGAAGAUAUGGUAUUGAAAUUGAUUGAUUUCGCUAAGAGAGACUUCAAUUAUAAAGGUUUUGAUCCACUAAUUGAGAAAUUAAAUGCUCUGUCUAAUAUCAAAAUUGAAGGUAGAAAGAAGAAAAUUGUUAACAUUCAAGAUAUUAUAAAUAUUUAUACACAAAUUGAUAUAACUAAAUAUACAUAUGAAGAAUUGUGCCUUCUGGAGAAGUAUUAUAAAGAAAUUAUAAGGAAAUAUAAGAAGGAAACAUCGGACAAGGAGAAUGUGAUGAGAGAUGAGAGAUCUCCAAGUCUGGUGAGAGAGGACACACAAUCAGCGCCGCCGGCUUACAACCGCAAUGUAAUAUUGAGCGUGCACUCGAGUCAGAACUUAACGAAAAAUGUAAACCAAUACUCAAGUACAAUUGUAACAAACGGUAACUCUCUGAAACGGAACAAGCAUGACUCCAGAAAUGAUAUAGAAAUCUUUGAUUUAACACGAACCUAUCCGAUCGAGUAUUAUGCCAAUAAUUGGUGGUCUAUAUACGAGGAUAUAUUGAAAAGUCGGGAACACCAGUUCGGUUCAAUUGACAACUGGUGGAGAUUCUACGAAGCGAUCUUAAACAAAGAGAACACAACUGACGAAGAGCUGAAAAGACUAAGAGCUGUAGUAGAAUAUAGGAACAGCUUGAGGAAAUCUAGACCCAAUAGCCGUAUGGAGGAACAGCUGAGGAUGUUGGAUGAGGUGCAGAGUAAUAGAUUUCGGGAAAGCGAAGAUGUGAGCCGCAAGGAGGAUGAAUCGGUGAUGGUGACGAAUGUGACCUCACUGCUGAAGACGGUCAAGUCGGUGGAGGACGAGCACACGAGAGGCACCAGAGCUUUGGAAUCUACCAUCGAGGCAAUAUCGCAAGAGAUUGAGGUGCUGAGGUCAUCGUCCGCGCCGAAGUCUACGGCCACUCCUGAGGAGUUGAUCCGCUGCACGCGGCAGAUGACGGCGGCCACGGCUCGUGCGGUGGCGGCCGGCAACGCCAACAAACAGGACCAGCUCACCGCCGCCGCCAACCUCGGCAGGAAGGCCGUCGUAGACCUCCUCGUCGCCUGCAAGGGCGCGUCUCACGGCGCGGAGACUGCGGAGCUCCGCGAGCGCGGCAUGGCGGCAGGCGCGGGUGCUGCGGAAGCGUUUAGGGCUCUGCUGGCGGCCGUGCUGCGGUCGUCGGGCGGCGACGCGGCCGCUCGGGCUGCGCUGCCGGACCGGUCCCGGGCCGUCGCCGCCGCCGUCGCUGAUCUCAUCGCCGUCGCUGACCUGCUCAAGGGCCCCGAGUGGGCGGACCCCGCAGACCCGACAGUGAUCGCGGAGCACGAGUUGCUGGGAGCCGCCGCCUCCAUCGACGCCGCCGCCCGCAAGCUGGCGGCGCUCCGCCCCCGCAGGCCUCCGGUGCAGGAAACGGAUGAAAACCUGAACUUCGACGAGAUGAUCCUGGAAGCGGCCAAGUCCAUCAUCGCUGCUACAUCAGCUCUGGUCAGAGCUGCAUCCGCAGCGCAGCGGGAGCUCAUCGACCAGGGCAAAGUGGCGCGGCGGCCGACGUCGUCGUCGGACGACGGGCAGUGGUCGGAGGGUCUGAUCUCGGCGGCGCGGCUGGUGGCUGCGGCCGCACACUCGCUGGUGGAGGCUGCCAACGCGCUGGUCCAGGGCGCAGGCUCCGAGGAGAGGCUCAUCUCCAGCGCGAGACAGGUCGCCUCCUCCACGGCGCAGCUGCUGGUCGCCUGCAAGGUGAAGGCGGACCCUGCCGCGGAGUCGACCCGGCGCCUGCAGGCCGCGGGCGCGGAGGUGAUCCGCUCCACCGACAACCUCGUGCGCGCCGCCCGGGACGCCAUCCACUGCGAGGACGAGCGCAGCCUCGUGCUCAACCGCCGCAUGGUGGGCGGCAUCGCGCAGGAGAUCGACGCCAGGUCGGAGGUGCUCCGCAUCGAGAAGGAGCUGGAGGAAGCGCGCGGACGGCUGACAGCCAUCCGGCAGGCCAAGUACAAGCUGCGGGGGGACGCGUCCGGGGACGACACCGACACCGACGCACCCCCCGCCACCCCCGCCACCCCCGGGUACACCAGCGACGCCUCCGGCCACCACAGAUUCAAAACACCCAACAGCAGCUUCGCGAAUACAACCUACAGCCCGAACAGCACGUAUUCUCAGCACAACACAACCCACAACGCCACGAAUCUGUCGCAGAAUAUAUCGCAAUUCAACCAGUCCAUACACGGCGCGUCAUACAACCAAUCCCACACGCAAUCGCCCAAUCCUGCGUACGCGCAGUCGCCCGCACCUGGCCAUGGAUCUGGGCCUGCCCAUACUCAGACUAUAUCCAACAACGGAUAUUCUCAGUACAGUCAAACUCGGGAAGAGAAGUACGCGCAGAGCCCAACAUUCUCAAGUUUCCGACCCCAAGACGAUACCCCGAAGCAAAAUUACGAAGGAUUCACAACUCGAACGAGUGUGACUGAGGAGACGGUUGUCGUGAAGUCGUUACAUCUGCCGGAAGUCCGUACCGCUUACUUGAUAUCUGAUGAGGGGGAUGAGAAGGAGAGGAUAUUCUUCAAGAGCGUGAGACCACCGCCGCCGCCACCGCGACGCGUCUCCAAGACAAACUACGAGACCCGCCUGUACGACACGCCGCGGCCGGCUAACGAGUACAAAUCUGAAGAGAGCCACUUUGAAUCCAGUCAUUAUCAAAAAGAACAAAGAUCCAACUACGAUACACCCAAACAAUCACCUUUGAGCCCUAAAUUCAAUGCCAGAGAGUUGAAAUUUGAAGAUAAACCAGAAUCUGUAUAUUCGACGCUCAAAAAGCCGAGCACACCGAAAUCUCCUUUCGAUGGUAUAGGUCAAAGUUUCACAGAGCAUCAGAAGUCCACAGAAGCAAUUCCAGGCGGGACGAAACAAUCCGAGUAUACUAUUAAGAGUGAAUCGUAUCACACGUACCCUAAAGUGGUCAAAACAGAGACACGAGAAGAAAUCAAAUCGCCCUUCACAACGUCCACGCCGUCCAAAUUCGAGAAAUCCGAUUUCAGCCAAUUCAGCGAGAUCGGCAAAACUUCAACGGAAUUGGUCAAAGCGGCCACCCCGGACUACGAUAGGAUUUCGUCGCCGUACGGUAAAGAAACUUACAGCUACGGUGGGCCGAAUUACAUGGAGGAAACUACCACAGAAGUGAAAGAGAUACCGAACGGAACACAGAAAGUAACGACAACAAAAAUCUACAGUUCCAGCCCAGUAACAAUAACGAGUACUAAUACGAAAUACGAGCCGAUAAAACUCGAAGGCAUCGACGAACUAUCCAAGUCAUUCGAUAACGAUUCUAAGUACAGUACAAUCGAUUCGCGGUUCAACACGCUAGAGUCCAAACUGAGCUCGGACACGAGCCGCUCCUUCAUGAGACCGUCCGACUUCCAAUCGUCGGAUUAUCAAGCGACGUCGACGGUGACAAAAGUGAAGAAACCGUCGGAAUUGGUGAAGGAAAUCGAUAACUUGGACAAGAAGUUCUCAAAACAGACCAUAAAGUCGGAAACCAUCGAGAGGAAAUCGGUGAUGACGAGCUCGCACAAGUCGGAGACGAGUUCAACGGUGACGAAGAAGUUUGGCAACUUCUAAAGCGAAAUAGUAGCAGUGUCCAGAACGCAGGUAGCUUGACGGUACAAUGAAAUAAGCGUCUUAUGUGCUCUUUGCUAAGUAUUAUAAUCGUAUAAUACACGUUUUAGAGUUGUGAUGUGCCUUAUUAAUUUGCAGCUUACAAAUAUAUACAGUUAUAUAUUCCAAUAUUUUAUAUACUAUAUUACUUAUAAAACUUAUGUUCAUAUUUUCAAUAUAUUUAUAAGUAUUUAUGGCAGUUUAAUGAACUUAACCUUUCGAACGUUUUGACACAGAUCUGUGCACCACUGUUAAAUCAUAGUGCAUUAUUUUGAUACAGCGCCAUCUAUUAUUUAGUUCCUGUACUUUUGCUGAUUUAAAAUUCUAUAUAAAGGAAUGCUCUUUCUAUAUAAAUAAACCCGUCUAAUUGAAACUGGGAUCGAAAUUACGACGUUCUAAACCCAGCGGAGUCAGACUAAAGUCAUAUCUGAACCCUAGCGGUGCCAUCACACUAAACUCGUAUCCAUCAGGCGGGAGUUGACCUUCAGUCCUUUGGUUUGGAGUGCCAUCUGCACUCGCCUAUCGUCCGGUGAUGCCGUAAAGCUUUGUAUGUAAGUUCAUUAAAUUCCCAUAUAUAUUUACAUGAAUAUUAUAUACAGUUAGUAUAUAGAGAUGCCCGCGGAAGCGAUUCGUCCACUGAAGGUAUUGAAACACCAAUUCUGAUAGUUCUAGAUAAUAGUUACAUAGUUUAACUUACUACAUAUAUAAUAUAUAUAUUUUUAUGACCUUAAACAUAUUGUGUAGUUAUAAACGCUAUGAAAUUAAAAUAUAUACACGUAAAGGUUUUUCGUGUGACACAAUUUGCUAAUUGUUAUUUGAAACAGAUUGAAAUUGACAGUUUUGUGAUUAUAUAUGUACCACUAACGACUUUAGCGCAAAAUUUUCUACAUGAGUACUUUAGUAUCAUCUGUUUCUAACGUCAGUCAAUGCGGUCAGAUGCGGCAGUAAAAUAAUGUACGGGAGGCAAGAAAGAAAUAAAGAACUAUUUAUUCUAUUUAAAAAUAGAAAACAAUAUUCUUCAAUUAAAAAAAAAUACAUUUAAAUCCUCUAGAAUGGAAGAGAAUGAGAAGCAACGCGUGUCACAUGAUAACGUGAUGCUUUCUGCUGUUCACGUAGUGGCGUUACAAUUUACCAUCAAAUGAACUGUCCCGCUUGAAUCCCAUAAAAAAGUAUGUAAAUAUGAUUUUUAAAGGGCAAACGUUUGUUAAAACUUUGAUCUGAAGAGCCAAUAGUGGACUAUUGUAUAAUAUAUAAAAAGCAUAUUUCCAAUUAUGCAGAAUUCGAAAUGAAAAAAAC